AGGGUGGCAGGAGCGGAGGGGACGCUUCACCAUGGAAUAUGAAGUCAAGAAAGGGAAAAAGGGCUUUGUGUCCCCCAUCCGGAGGCUAGUAUUCCCCAAGGCUGCGCGCCGGGCAGCCUGUCGGAGCAGUGUGAGCCGCCGUCCCCUGCACUCGAUGCCCCUCUAUCCCCCCGACUACCUCAUCGACCCUCAGAUUCUGCUCUGUGACUAUCUGGAGAAAGAGGUCAAGUUCCUGGGCCACCUCACCUGGGUCACCUCCUCACUGAACCCUUCCAGCCGGGACGAGCUCCUGCAGCUGCUGGACACGGCCAGGCAGCUGAAGGAGCUGCCGCUGAAGACGACGGCGGAGCAGGACAGCAUCCUGAGCCUGUCGGCCCGCUGCCUGCUGCUCACCUGGCGCGACAACGAGGAGCUUAUCUUGCGUAUCCCCACGCACGAGAUUGCCGCCGCCUCCUACCUGCAGGACGACGCUCUGCACCUGCUGGUGCUGAAGACCGGUCUGGGCGUGGACCCGGUGCCAGCCGGCGUAGACGCCAGCCCCGGCGGGGCGGGGCGCGACCCGGGCCCGCCGGGCGUGGCGCCCGAGAAGCGGCGGGUGGGCACCACCGAGCGUGUCCCCCCGCCCCUUUUCAUCUCCCUCCUUUGGCCCUACUAUCCAGGAUUUCAGGAUGCUGCCGAGGAGUCCUGUGCCCUCAUCUGUCAAGUCUUCCAGAUCAUCUACGGGGACCAGAGCAUCGAGUGCGUGGACCGGGCCGGCUACCACUACACAUCCACUCCUGAACGGCCGUGGCUGUGUAGCCGCAGUGAGAGCUGCCGCACUGACGGGACCUAUGCCUACGACGCCGACUUCAGCUGCUGCAGCUCCUUCAACAGCUCCCAGGACACAUUUGAAGCCUGUUACAGCGGCACGUCCACACCUUCUUUCCAUGGCUCCCACUGCAGCAGCAGCGACCACAGCGGCCUGGGCCUCGAGCAGUUACAGGAUUACAUGGUCACGUUGCGGACUAAGCUGGGGCCCCCAGAGAUCCAGCAGUUUGCGCUGCUGCUUCGGGAGUACCGGCUGGGGCUGCCCAUCCAGGACUACUGCACAGGCCUACUGAAGCUCUACGGAGACCGGCGCAAGUUCCUCCUGCUCGGGAUGAGGCCCUUCAUCCCGGACCAGGACAUCGGCUACUUCGAAGGCUUCCUGGAAGGCGUGGGCAUCCGCGAGGGCGGCAUCCUCACCGACAGCUUCGGCCGCAUCAAGCGCAGCAUGAGCUCCACGUCGGCGUCUGCGGUGCGCAGCUACGACGGCGCUCAGCGGCCGGAGGCGCAGGCCUUCCACCGGCUGCUGACAGACAUAACGCACGACAUCGAGGCGCUGGCCCCCGACGAUGAUGAAAGCACGGACGAAGAGGCCCGGGACUCCCCGGGCGGGGGCGAAGCGGCCGAGGACAACUACCUGUAGCCUAUGCCGCUGUCAAUGCUGAGGGCGGGCAAGGGGGUGGCCACGCACCCCGCCUCUGAGUCUCACGCGCCCAUGUCUGUGCUACUCCAUCCCCGGGAUCCCCUCCCCAGAACCCAACCUGGGGCUCUGCGCUCCGGGGCCGGGGGUGGGGGGUGGGGGAGCCGGGGUCUGUCCCUACCAGGCCCCCCAGUUCUGGUCCCUGCAGCACCGAGAAUGUCUGCAGGGGACGGGACUCUAACCGGGGCUCAGCCGCUCCCUCUGCCGGCCGAGGUGGGCGGCGAACUUCUCUCGAGGGUUCGCCUCUGGACACUCGAGACUCCGCAACUUUCUGGAGGCCAAGUGAGGGGUGGAGAGUGUGCUCCACCUGCUGGCCGGUUGAGAAAAGAAUUCCCCGAGCCUGAAGACCUCUUUUUCUAUUUUACAGUUUGAGAAACUGAGGUUCGAGGGAAGAAACUGGAGGGAGUCUCCUGAUUCUCCUUAGAUAUUACCUCACGCUGGCCAUACUAAAUCAUGCAGAGGGUCUUUCUGAAGCUCUAAGAGGCAGGGUCUCCCCUUUGCAGAUGGACUUAGAUCUUUAGAUCUAAUAGAAGUUUCUUUCUACCAAGAGUCGACCCAGAGGUGCAUGAUCUGGGUCCCAGCCCCGAUCCUAAGGCUCUGAACAAGUUGCUUGUUCAGAUGUUGCAAUCGGAGUGGGACAGGCUAGGCUCCCCAUCUGAUAGGUGUCCGAGCCUCUCUGCCUCUCCCGUUUUCUCUUCUGACCAGGAAGUCGGCCCCACCCACCUCACAAGGGGGUCAUAGGGAUUACUGGCGGUCAAGACCUUAGUGCUAGGUCUAACACAUGAUAUGUGUUCAAUAAAUGCUGUUCCCUUCCACAUCGAA